AAGUCUGACAAAAGGGAAAAUAUCAUCAUGAUCGCUAGCGAGCCACUCACCUUUGAAAAAGCUGACUGGAUGGAGAUAAAGACAAAUACUUUAGUUGGUGCGUAAGAACUUUUUGUCCAUGUGAGCUUCAAUAUAAAGCAUGACGAUCAUUUGUUUUCAGUCAUCACGCCGAAAAUGAACAUCCUCCAGAUUCCAAUUAUCGAUGAGUUCUCGUCAUCGUCCAACUUGAAGAAACGCACCGUCGAGUUCGCCGCAGAGAAGGGAUUUUGGACUGAAAACCCACGGAAAACGCACAUGGGAUCUCCUGAAUCAGGCCACGAAAUUCGACAGAAUUAUCAGCAGCGGAUCACGGGCCCAUUACAAGUUCAGAACCCGCAAGCAGUGAUACACAAUAUGUCUGAAGGAGUCUGCUUUGUGACUAAGCGCGAGAAUCAGGACGAUAGUCGUGAUGACGUCCCCCAAUGUCCCAUCGACAUAGAACACUCCGAUAGUUCUGUAACAUUUGUGUCAUCCAUGCUAAUUACACACUGUGCAUCCAUUCGAAAUUGCGUUAAACUCUAUGUACAAUACGUCUACCAAUUUCCAAGGCUGGUUACCUCGCCUCUGCGUCCCUUCCCUACACCUAACAGCUCUUUCAUGCCGGCGACACACUUGCUGAGCGCGGCCUUCCAUGUCUGCUCCUUCCCAAUAUCUUCCGCAGAAGUGCUGGGUUUGAGAAAGUACCCUGCACUUCAACAAAAACAACAUCAUGAAAUUGCUGUGGGCUAAGGGAUGGACGACGAUCAAUUCGCGUUAUCGUGAGAUGAGGGACCGAAGCAAUCUUGGCAAGGACGCGGAGAGGGAAGGAUUAGGUAGGACCCUGCUGGGUGUGGUUUACAAAUAUCAUCCAGCUGAAUGCGAAGGAGGGAUCGAUAUUGCAGUGGGGGCCGGAUGUCGAGUGGCAAGGGCUCAUCGGCACUGUCAUGGAAUAACAGAAAGCGUGUCUG